GCUGCGGCGCCGGCUGCCGCCGCCUGGGCCCCGGGCCCGGCCCCUCCCGCGCCGCCCGGGCGAUGAGAAGCUGCUUCUGCGUGAGACGGAGCCGGGACCCGCCGCCGCCGCAGCCGCCGCCGCCGCCGCCCCAACGGGGAACAGACCAAUCCACCAUGCCUGAAGUCAAAGACCUUUCGGAAGCCUUGCCAGAGACGUCCAUGGACCCCAUCACGGGAGUCGGGGUGGUGGCUUCCCGGAACCGAGCCCCAGCAGGCUAUGAUGUAGUGGCACAGACGGCAGAUGGCGUGGACGCUGACCUUUGGAAAGACGGCUUGUUCAAGUCCAAGGUUACCAGAUACCUGUGUUUCACAAGAUCGUUUUCCAAAGAAAAUAGUCAUUUGGGGAACGUGUUAGUGGACAUGAAGCUCAUUGACAUCAAGGACACGCUGCCCGUGGGCUUCAUCCCGAUGCAGGAGACGGUGGACACACAGGAGGUGGCUUUUAGAAAGAAGAGGCUGUGCAUCAAAUUCAUCCCCCGGGAUUCCACUGAAGCUGCCAUCUGUGACAUUCGGAUCAUGGGCCGGACCAAGCAGGCCCCUCCUCAGUACACUUUUAUUGGGGAACUGAACAGCAUGGGGAUCUGGUAUCGAAUGGGCAGAGUGCCUAGAAAUCACGACUCAUCUCAACCCACAACACCCUCGCAGUCCUCGGCCGCCUCCACCCCAGCCCCCAACCUCCCCAGGCACAUCUCUCUAACGCUCCCCGCCACCUUCCGAGGCAGGAACAGCAGCCGGACGGACUAUGAGUACCAGCACUCCAACUUGUAUGCCAUAUCAGCCUCUCCUCUCUUUCCAGUGCAGUGUUGGGCUGCACCCACCUUCCCCGCAUCCUCUGAUGGCUUUCCCAGCUGUUGGCGUUUCUGCAGCAAAGAGCCGGGAGUGAAAUCUCUGGUUUGGCAAGACCGUUGCUGCCUGCCUCUGGACCGCUGCUUCCUCGCCCUGCGGUUGAUGAGGUGUUGUCCGGCAAUGGAUGGUGUGCCUUUCAUGAUUUCAGAGAAGUUCUCCUGUGUUCCAGAAAGUAUGCAGCCCUUUGAUCUCUUGGGAAUCACCAUCAAAUCUCUAGCAGAAAUUGAAAAAGAGUACGAGUACAGCUUCCGCACGGAGCAGAGCGCCGCGGCCAGGCUGCCGCCCAGCCCCACCCGGUGUCAGCAGACUCCCCAGUCCUGAGGAGCGGGGCCUCCGCGGGGAGAAGACGCCUCGCCCAGUGCCCAGACUACUGACAGGGCGGAGGGGGCCGCUCCCCGCCCUGCCCGCCCUGCCCCCAGCCCCGCCUCCACCUCCCACCCCACAAGCACCCAAGACCCUGGGCAGCUGAGUGGUGACCUCCGGUCAUUGGCCUGACGAGACCCCAGCCUCCCGGGGACAUUGUUCACAACUGCGACUAAUCUGUGUGUGCUGUAGUGACCAGCCAUUCCUAGCUGUCCAUGUGAUGACCAGUCGUGCUACCAAACACCUCCCCCAGCUGGAGUCGCCCCCGAGGGCCCGGCAGUCCCUCCGGCCGCCCAGUGACGCACACUGGCUCCUUUUCUCCUGUCACCCACCAUAGGAAUCCCACAAGCCAUCGUUCACCCCCGGAAGGCCACAGGGCUGGCCACUUCAUAUAGGACCCUCCGGGCUCACUGUCACCUGAGACGCAGGGCUGGGGGGAGCACGUCCCUCCCACCCACAGGCUCAAGUACACCAAGCGCUUCACAGCAGCCCUGAGAAACCGCGGGUGGGGAGGCCAGAGGGCCCCUCCCUCUGUGGACAGCUGUGGACUCUUUGCCCAGUGCAUGACUGGACACCAGAGGCCCUGCCACUGGCACAGAGGGGGACUCAUUUUCCCGGGAGAGGACAGUGUGACCGGGCACCUGCCUGCGAGCUCUGCUUGCCCUACCCCCCCCCCCAGAGGGCUUGACUGUAGGGCACUCCAGCCAGUGACAGCGCCACCUGCCACGGCCAGUGCCCUGACCCAGUGACUACAGGACAUGCCCCACGAGGCCGCCACAGGCAGUGACAUGAGAGGUGCCCAGCACUGGAGGACAUGGCCACGCUGCCAUCAGGCUGCUCUCAGCCCGCUGUGUCUCCUUGGCAUCUGCGGACAGAGACAGGUCAUCGUGAAAGCCCCCUGACCCAGACCUGGAUUGAGCCAGAGCCAGCGUCCCCCGUCCCCGGCACUGGAGGUGCCGAGCUCGGCCCCACACGUCCACCCCGAGAACAGCCACCAGCGCCAUCCCUGGGGCCCAGGACUUCAGCCCAGGGUCCUGCUUUGCCCCAGGCCCACAGGACGCGGGUGUCUGACUCCUUUGGGUCCCCAGAGGGGGCUCUGGACCUGAGGGCUUGCUGCGCUUCGGAGGCGGCGCCAUGGAGGGGGCUGUGGACAGCAGCCCUCGGCCAGUACAGGCCCCGCCAGCUGAAGUUCCAGGGACGGUCCACAGGCCAAAGGAACCAGAGAGUCGACAGGCUGGCCAGGAGCCGGGGGGCCCCAAAUACCUCACCACCUGCGUCGCCCCUCGGCCCCCAGGGCCUCAGCCGCACGCGGCGGGCCAGCCUCCUCCUCGGCAGCUCCUCGUCUUGGCCCCUCUUCGUUUCUGUGUGUCAGCAAGUGGCUGCUUGGCCCCUUCCCAAGACCUAAGGGCACCUGUGAGGUGACCCUCCCACACCUCUGGGCAGCACAUGGCAGGGAAAGGCCCCUGCCAGGCCCAGGAGGCCCCUUCGCGGGCCGGUGCUUCACCAGGAGGGCUGGCGGGUGGAGCCCAGCACCCACAGAACAAGCCAGCUGUGCUCCAGGGCCUGGGCACCCCAACAACCUGCUCACUGCUGCUUUUUUGAUGGUGGUUUAUCCAAAACCAAGCGGCCAGCACAGCUUGAGGCUGGACAAAGGAGGGAGGCCCCAGGGGCCGCAGGAGGGUGCAGGAGGGGACUCUGCACUUCGUUUUGGUUUGUAUACUUUGUUGUUCGACCUCUUUCCAUGCCCAGAUUAUGAGACUGUCCCCAGCAGGUAACCGGGGUCCUCCUCCUCCACAGUGGAGAAGGCAGCGUCUCCGCAGCGCUGACGGUCCUGGAAGGCCACAGGGCGACAGCAAGAUCCCUGGCCAGGGAUGGAGAUGGUACAGCUGGAGGUGGCGGGAGGAAGAAAGAGGGCAGCCACAGCCCCCUCCGCCACCCUCCCUCAGGGCCACCAGGAAGAGGGCACACUGUGGGCUCUGGCCGGUAGGAGAGGUCUCCCCAUGGCAUUAUGGACUCAGUUUAAUAAUGACCUUGACUGUGAAGCUUGUGACAUGAGCUAAUGAGUGGUGAGGUCAAGUUGGGGUUGUUAGACGUUAGGCUGCUCCCCACCCGGGCUCCUGCCUUCUGAGCGGUGGACAAGGAUGGGCAAGCGUGUGGGUCACAGCUUGUGCGUGUGCACGCCCACCCUGAUGGCGUCGUGCGGACCACAGGACUGUGGCAGAGUGAGGAGUUGAGGGGCCUCUCAAGUCUUAGGUGGGGAAUGCUCUGUCCACCAACCCCUGGCCUUUUCUGGAAGCGAGGGACAAGGAUGCCCUUGGCUAUAUGAAGGGCCGCAGCCUCUUCCUUGGGUCCCCCCAGCAUGUCCCAUAGCUGCUGCUGCCCCUGUCCAGCACCCUGCCCCCCUGAGAGGACCAACCAGAGCACAGCAUCCCCGAGCCCUGCCCUCCGCCCUGAAAACUCAGUCGUCUUCUGAGACGUAGCAAAUGGCACAAAGUUGACAAGGAGCAGGUGUCACUUGCUCCAGGUUCACUUGCAAAUUUAUCAUGAGGCCUUUUUUUCUACCCCAAAUCCAAGAACUGAAGCCAGCCACACCCCACCCCGAGUUUCAGUGAAGACAUCACAGCCUACACUGCCCUUGCCCAAGGCCAGAGCCGUGUGGUCUCCAGCGACCAAGCUCAUUUUGUAGGAAAAAACCACGGACGCUGGUCGGUGGCCCCCGAGUGCUUCAGAAGGCCAUGGGGGGACGGGGCUGACCUGUUCCGAGCAGCCCUCUGCUGGGCACAGGUGGGCAGUCCAGACGCUUUCUCCCAUAGCCUCCCCCAAAACAAGACCUAGUAGUUCACGUUCUUUGCUGCCUGUUGCCGAUGGGAAACCCGAGAUUGUCUCUGGCACAGGCUGGUAAGUGGCAGAGACAGGCUCUGGCCCCAAGGUGCAUUGCGCCAAUGUCCCCUCAUAAGCACAUGCCUUGGGCUGACCCUGUUUGUAUUCCUGUGACUUCCUGGCUGCCACUGGGCCCUGCUGGUCCACACUGAGCAUGGGCCACCCCUAUGCAAGGGCUCCCCAGGCUGCCGUUGCAAUGCCCCAUCCCUUGCCAUGUCGGGGGCUCCCAGCCUGCAGCUUCUGAGACCCAGGCAGGCAGAGCCCCGCCGAGCGAGCCCCCGUGCCUCCAAGCCACGUGGAGCUGAGCCCGUCGAGUUUGGUUCAGUCUGCCUGACCCCGGACCCUGCAGGAGGGGCAGGCCACUUGCUCUUGCCCCUGCACGAGGCCCCCUCUCCAGCAGCCUGGAACCUCAGGUCAGCCCAGCUUCCUCCACCUGCUCUAGGUGCAGACCCCUGGGACAGCGGCAGCCCUCACUCCAGGAGCCCGGGCUUUGUCCCUGCGAUGGAGGGUGCGUGGCUGCUGUGUGACCACUGGCCUCAGACAAGGACCUGAGGAAGGCCCCCCUUCCUGCAUAUUUAUUCAAGGCAACUCUGCACUUGGCCAGGGAAGUUUCACUGUGUGGUUGUCUGUGUUCUUAAUAUAAUUUGUUAAAUAAACGUUCGUUUUAACCUC